AUGUUUGGAGUCUAUCAAGACUCACCAGGUAUCGUGCAAGCUGUGAUUGAGUUGAGUCGGCAAGUUGGCAGCCCACCCUUCACGCAACAAGAAAAGCAGAUUGCAGGAACCUACUUCACUUGGGUGGCCAUCGCUUUGGACAAAAUUCAGGUUUGCAAUGGUCUCAUGAAACAGAGGGAGUUCAAUGAUUUCCUUCUGGAAGUAUCUAGGGUAAUCUUUGAUGACAUUGUUGCAAUCGAUGACCUCAGCCAGCACAUCAUGAUGUUUGCUAAGAGCCUAGUGAGUGCAGACCGGUGCGCUCUCUUCUUGGUAGACACUGAGGCAGAAGAGCUGUACGCUGACCAGUUUGAUGAUGGCCUAGACAGGGAUGGGAAACCAGUCUUUGUCAAGAAGAGCCAGAUCAGGUUCCCAUUGAGUAGAGGCAUAGCUGGACAUGUCGCUAAGACCGGUGAUAUUGUCAACAUUCCAGAUGCUUACCAAGAUCGAAGAUUCAACAGGGAGGUGGACGUGCAGACGGGCUACUCCACCCGCUCCAUCCUGUGCAUGCCCAUUACCAGUCACGGUCUCAUCAUCGGCGUCGUCCAGAUGAUCAACAAGAUGGGUCAAGACGGUCAGACCACCGCCUUUGACCAGACGGAUGAGAGUAACUUCAAGAUCUUUGCCAUGUACUGUGCUCUAGCACUUCACUUCUCCAGGAUCUACCGUGAUAGCCAGCAGUCAGAGAGAAAUCUUGCCGUAGUCCAAGAGCAGCUGAUCUACUACACGACAUGCAGUGAGCAGCAGGUGGACAGGCUUCUCAAUAGCUGGAAUAAACAGAGCUUCACAGUACCAACGGAGAUAGAACAGGUAUACCUGCAUGCUUUGGACUAUCUAGUAAAAUGUUCCACAAACAUGUAUGUAUAUAUUCUUUCCAUCAGGUUUGAUUUUCACAGCAGACCUUACGUGAGUUCGUUAAAUGAGAUAUUCAUCUACAUGGUACAAAAGCUCUUUGGACCAUCAAGCUUUGACCUGACGACUCUAGCUCGAUUCAUCCUGACUGUCAGGAAGCAUUACAGGCUGGUGCCAUUCCAUAACUUCUGUCAUGCCUUUGAUGUGUGUCAUUGCAUGUUCAUGAUUCUCUUGCACAGUGAAGGCAGAUUCACAGAUGAGGAGAUGUACGCCAUGUUCUUUGGGAGUAUCUGCCAUGACAUGGACCACCGUGGAUUGACCAACAGCUUCCAUGCCAAGUUUGGAACCCCUCUCGGUAAACUCUACUCAUCCUCCAUCAUGGAGAGCCAUCACUUUGCCAUGAUCGUCUCCAUCCUCCAUCGAGAGGGCUUCAAUGUGUUCUCUCAUCUCCCACCCGACACAUUCAAGAAGAUAGUGGAUCUGAUUCAAGAUAUCAUCAUGUCGACAGACCUUACAAACUUCUUCCCAAACCACAAGGAGCUCUCCAAGCUGCUGGUUGCUCAAACCUUUGAUUGGACCAUAGAUCAUCACAGAUGGAGCAUUCGUAACAUGUGCAUGACGGCCUGUGACCUUUGUGCCUCAACCAAGAUGUGGCCCAUUCAGCAGCAGAUUGUUGAAUGUCUCUACGAAGAGUUCUACAGUCAGGGUGAUAUUGAAAAGGAGAGAGGGGAAACCCCUAUUCAGAUGCUGGACAGAGACAAUCAACCAAACCGUGCACAAGAACAGAUUGAGUUCCUGACAAACGUCUGCUUGCCAUGCUUCAGUGAUAUAGCAGACUUGCUGCCUGAAUCUCAACCUCUCUUGUCAGGAUGCAAGGACAACCUCCAGCAGUGGCAGUUGGUCAAAGAAGGCAAGGCGGCAUCAAUGUGGAACGUAGCAACAUCAAGAGUAGAUAAAGAAUGAUUUCUAAAGCUGAUAUUGUGCCUCAUGUUUACCAGAGAAAACAAGUAUGUACUUGCACGCUUAACCCCUUCAGUACAUGGAAACAAGAAUGGCAAACAAUCAUCCUAAAUGAAAUUUGAGGUUUAAUGUUGAUACAUUUGACCUCAACUAUUUUCUGUGGGAAUACACACCACUUUUGGGAACGUUACUAACCUGUUGCAUCAAAGAAAGUGCAUUUUAUUGCAAUAUUAUCUUCAUCAAGAGUAGAUCAAGAAUGAUUUCUAAAGCUGAUAUUUUGCCUCCUGUUUACCAGAGAAAACAAGUAUGUACUUGCAUGCUUAACCCCU